GACACUCACCAAGUUGUGAUAUGUUAACCUCUGUAAGUCGUCAGGCACAGUCGGCUUUAUUUAGCUUCCAUGAACAAGUACAACUCAAACCGGUUCUGUAUUGUCUACCCGGGCUGUCACUGUGAUCACUUCCCGGUGUGUUACAUGUUUCACCGCGUCUCCCUGAAGGUUGUGUCUGUAUAUCUGGACUGAGUAUUGGAAGUAAAGCAUGUUUAUGGACGGUAUAUUUCCCGACACGGUGGCAUCAAUCCGCCGGCUGAAUGAGAUAAAAACAUCACUGGUUGUUAUGACGUUAUUUGUUGGUGUGCAUCCUUAUGUGGGGGCGACAGCGCCUCCCCACCUGACCAGCUACCCAGAGUCAGCCUCAGAUGGAGCAGACUUCACACUGUCAUGUACACCCGCCCAGGGCAGGAUAUUGAUAAGUGUCAAGUGGUACAGAAACAAUGUUAACAUAUUUGAUACAAGCAGUGAUGCUGACGCAUCUGCUGCCAUACUCCACCCACUCACCACCUCCCCCGAGUACCAGUCUGUGUCAGGACGUAUCAGUGUCAGCUCCUCCCUCCAGCAGCACAACGUGACUCUCAGGACCAACUCUCCACUCGACCAGGGCUCCGUGUGGAGGUGUCAGGUUGGAUCACAGUUCAGCAAUAACCUCACUAUUGAAGUCAAAGAGUCUAUUCGAGGACCUUCCCUUCCGGCACUCUCCCAGACAAGCGGAGGACAGACGGUCACACUGACGUGUGCAGGUGAACCAGGAAGUGGUGGCUAUAUAUCCAUAGCAUGGUACAGAAAUGGAGUUGAAAUAUUCAAAACAAUCAGUGACGACCCAACUGUAAUACACUCCCCAGUCAACACCUCCUCCGAGUGCCAGUCUGUGUCAGGACGUAUCAGUGUCAGCUCCUCAAUCCAGCAGCACAAAGUGACUCUCAGGAUCAACUCUACACUCGACCAGGGCUCUGUGUGGACGUGUCGGACUGGACAACAGUUCAGCAACAACAUCAGUAUUGAAGUCAAAGAGUCUAUUCAAGUGUCCAUCUCGGUGUAUGCAACAAAACAUCCAGGCACAGAUGAACAGAUCCUUAAACUGACUUGCGAAGGAGCAGAUGACAUAACAGAAACUGUUUGGUCCAGGAACUCAGUGAACAUAUUCCAAACCACCCUACCAAGGUCCAUGCUGGUGUACGACACCGACUCCCCCGAGUACCAGUCUGUGUCAGGACGUAUCAGUGUCAGCUCCUCCCUCCAGCAGCACAACGUGACUCUCAGGACCAACUCUACACUCGACAAGGGCUCCGUGUGGAGAUGUAAGGUUGGACAACAGUUCAGCAAUAACAUCACUGUUGAACUCAAAGAAUCUAUGCAAGAAGAUCCUGUAACGACGAUUGGAGCAAUUGUUUCACCAUCUGCCUCAGAAGAUGGAAAUAUUUUACCAAUCACUGCUGUAGCUGGGAGCAUCAUCGUUGCCAUCGUCAUCGUCGUCGCCAUUGCCACCUCUGUGUUACUUGUACGGAAAUACAAGCAGGAUAAGUGCUGUUCUUUCACAGUGUCCAAUAUAAAAUGAUUCCACUGUGUUUACACACCCUGUGCUUGUCUGUACAUAUCUAUUUUCUGUGACAUAUUUACUUGUUGGUUGUAUAUUCAAUUGUGUCGUACUUGUUAAGAGACAUUUUUUACAUCAUUUCA